AUGGAGUGGAACAAUUUGAAAGCACCUUCAUGGGAUUUAACUGAAAUGGAACAAGGAACCUUAAACAACAUAGAAACAAUGGAUGGUUCAAGGAGUUUUGGAUUUGGAGAUUAUACAACAAAAGGGGAAUUUUCUGUUGACUUGAAACUUGGUCAAGUUGGAAAUUCUAGCUCCGAAUCAUCAAAAUCCAAAGAUGUUGUUGUUGGCGUUGGUGUUGGCGUUGGUGUUGGUGGAGUUUCGAAAAUGUCAGCUUCGUCGUCUUCGACAACUUCGGGUUCUUCUAAGAGAGCUAGAGCUAUUAACAAUGGAACUCAUGUUGUUUCAUGUCUUGUUGAUGGUUGUCAAGCUGAUCUUAGUAACUGUAGAGACUAUCAUAGACGCCAUAAGGUUUGUGAACUUCAUUCCAAGACUGCUCAGGUCACUAUUGGUGGACAUAAGCAAAGGUUUUGUCAACAAUGUAGCAGGUUUCAUUCACUAGAGGAAUUUGAUGAAGGAAAAAGGAGUUGCAGAAAACGUCUAGAUGGGCACAACAGAAGAAGAAGAAAGCCACAAGCAGAAGCUAUAAGUCGAUCUAGUAGCUUUUUGUCCAAUUACCAAGGAACUCAGCUGUUACCCUUCUCAAGUUCACAUAUAUACCCUUCAACUGCUGUGAUGAACCCUACUUGGGGUGGAACGGAUGUUAGACUCCAUAGCCAACACCAACAACAACUGCACCAUCUUGUCCAAAAACAAGACCUUUUCCUAGGAACAACAUCUCCGACAACCAACAACACCUACAAAGAAGGGAAACAAGUAUCAUCAUCAUCAUCAUCAUUCAUUCAUCAUCAUCAUGCUACUAACCACCAAAAUCAUCAACAUCUUUCAUCUUCUUCCAUGAUUAAUCCGUCUUUUGACCGGACCAAUCCUUUUUCAGAAAGAUGCAAAAUCUUCGGUGACAACAGCAACAACAACAACAAUAACACUACUUGUGCUCUCUCUCUUCUGUCAUCACCACCGCUACCAGUAGUAUCACAGACACAUAAUCAUCAUCAUCAUCAGAUGGUGAAUACUACUCAUUCAUCUUUUAUGCAACCCUUAGGCUUGAGUUUGCAUGAUCAUAGCUUGGGGUCGGUGGACCAUGUUUUGGGUCCAAAUGAUCAGAGUGGUCAUUGUUCAACCAUUUAUAACAUGGGAUCUAAUGAAUCAGAUUCUCAGGGAAAUGAUAAUGAUGCUCCUCCUCCUUUAUAUCCUUUUCAAUGGGAUUAG